UUUAAAGUAUAUAAAUACUUUCAAUAUUACACUUAUUAAUAUGUCCAAUAACGUUAAGAUACUCCCUGGAGCCACGGUAUGCGAGGACUGCACACUGGAGGGUGACAUCACCAUCGGCGGAGGUACCGUCAUCCACCCGAGAGUCACCAUCAUUGCUGAAGGCGGCCCCAUUAUAAUAGCUGAAUACUGUAUCAUUGAGGAGUAUACCACCAUCAUACACAAAAAAAGCGACAAUCAAGAGGAUCCACCAAAACCUCUCUUCAUCGGCGCCCACAACGCUUUUGAAGUUGGCUGCAAACUGGAGUCCUAUUGUGGGCAUGUUGGCGAGAGCAAUGUGUUUGAAUGCAAGUCCUUUGUGGGAGUGGACGUUAAAGUUGGCAGCGGUUGUGUCAUAGGAGCAGCAUGUCAACUGACAGCACCACAAACACUAGCAGACAAUACAGUGAUCUGGGGCUCCGAGCACCACAUCAGAGAAGCACUAGAAAAGCAGCCGUCUCAACUAUUACAACUAGACUUCCUAGGGAAAGUGAUGCCGAACUACCACAGGCUGAGGAAACCUAACAUUCAUAAGCGGGCACCGUCUUCUAGGCAAUCACAGGAGACUUCGCCUAAACUAUAAUGUAUGGUAAACUAAUUACUACUUAUAAAUAAAUAUACGACAUUCUUACACAGAUUGACUGAGUCCCACAUUAAGCUCAAGAUGGCUCGUAUAUAAUAUACAAAUACUUAUAUACAUUGAAAACAUCCAUGACUCCAAAUAUAUGUGCUCAACACAAAUAAAUGCCCUUACCGGGAUUCGAACCCGGGACCGCGGCGUAGCAGGCAGGGUCACUACGCGCUCAAUUACGGGUUUACAAUUACCAUUUGAAUGCUUUAUGUUGGGUGUAAAACUGAAGGACAUCGACAUAAGGGAAAGAACCAAAGUUAGAGACAUCCUCACACACAUAGACAUGCAAAAAUGGAGGUGGGCCGGCCACACUGUAAGAUGUAAGACCGAAAAAUGGAGCCAAAAAGUCGUCAUGUGGCACCCCAGAGAUGGUUCAAGAGCUCAACGCCCACCACUCAAACGAUGGGAGGACGAAAUUAUAACCACUGUAGGGCCUUUCUGGACUAGACUGGCCAGGCAGAGGAAAUACUGGAAAGAGCUGGAGGAGGCCUAUGCCAACAGGCACACUGAACUACGCGACUUCAUCUAAACAAACAAUCAAAAACACUAGACCACGUUCAGAAGAAAAGGCUAAAUAGAUAGAUAGAUAGAUAGAAACUAACUCCUACUUAUAAAUAAAUAUAGGACAUUCUUACACAGAUUGACUGAGUCCCACAUUAAGCUCAAGAUGGCUCGUAUAUAAUAUACAAAUACUUAUAUACAUUGAAAACAUCCAUGACUCAGGAACAAAUAUUGAAAAAUAUUGAAAAAUGUAUGGGCGAAUGUUCAUUGUUCCAUAUAAAAUUUGAAUUUCACGCCCUUUUGCUGGACCGUCUAUAGUUGUCAAGGCCAUGGCUGUGGGCAUGACUUGUUACGAAGCCCUGUGUUCUUUAGAUGUCCCUGUUCAUUGGUACCGUUAUAGAGUGACCUAUAUGUAAGAAAAGAGUUAAAUUAUGUUUAACAAAAAAUAAUUAAGCUAUAUUUAUAUUUAUAGGUAUAUUUAAUGCUUAAAAAUAUUUAUAAAUUAUCACAAAA